UACGUGCGCACGCAUCUACAACGCAUGCGUAGUAUUCCCAAAAUGUUAGCCUGUCCUGGCAAAUUAAAACAGAUGCAUCCCAGGCACCUUGUAGUUCGGAGGCUUUUUCUAUUACAUCUUCGUCUUUCAAAGAACUAAGAAAAUACCAAGCAUGGGAUACAGGGCAAUCUACGCGCUGUUCCUGCUUGUGAGACCGAGUUCCUCUGAUGUCUUCGUGCCCGGACAAGUCUGGUAUUCGACAACCAUUCAGACUUCUUUCCUGGACCCUCCCUUGGCCAACACCCCCGGGAGCAGGAUGAAAUGUGCCUCCUUGGCUAACCUCUCUCCAGACUGCCAUCUUUUCUGCCUCUCGGGAGACUUCUGCUCUCUCUACCGGGCGCAAGUUGCAGCCUUCCACCAGCCUCCUCCCGGCUACGAAACAAGCUCCUGCUGGACCCGCAAUUUUGACUGUAUGUAUAUCUGUAGAAGUCCUUUCGCCGAGAUCCAGUAGCUGAGUUCUCGAUAUAAAGGGGAAUGGCCACCAUGCGUGGAACCGUUUUGAAUGGGAUGAGACCUGGAAGCUGAA